AUGCUCGAAGCGCCCGCAGGAACGGCCAGCGCGAUUCCGGUGGUGGACUUGUCGGCAGGAGAGGCGGCGUGCGCCGCCGCCGUGGAUAAGGCAUGCAGCGAGGUCGGCUUCUUCCUGCUGGCCAAUCACGGCGUGCCACGUCAGCUCAUCGCCGACGCCUUCCACCAGACGAGGCUGCUCUUCGGCCUGCCCCCUGAAGCCAAGGCGGCUGUGCGGCAGGACAGCAACAACCGCGGGUACACGGCGUUCGAGGAGGAGGUAUUAGACCCGGCGGUGCAGGGGCAGCGCGGCGACACCAAGGAGGGCUACUACGUGGGGGUGGACAUCCCCCCGCACGACCCCCGUGCCCACAAGCCCCUGCACGGCCCCAACGUCUGGCCGCCCGCAGACCUCCUCCCCGCCUUCUGUCCCACCAUCACUGCCUACUUCUCCGCCUGCCUCUCCCUCGCCCGCCGCCUCCUCCCCAUCCUCGCACUCGCGCUCGGGCAGCCGCGGGACUUUUUCGAUCUCCCCGGAAGAUUCGACGACCCAAUAGCGCUGCUGCGGCUGCUGCACUACUCGGGGGAGGCGUCUCGGCCGCAGGAGGGCGUGCUGGGCGCGGGCGCGCACACGGACUAUGGCAUGCUCACCCUGCUGCUCGUGUCACACCCUGGCCUGGAGAUCUGUGUGGAUCGCAGCAGUGCGGCACAGCAGUGGGUGCGCGUGCCAGUGGUACCAGGCACGUACAUUGUGAACAUAGGCGACAUGCUGGAGCGGUGGAGCAACGCCACAUGGCGCUCCACCCUGCACCGCGUGCUCGUGCUGCCCGAUGGGGAGGAGGAGGAGGAGGAGGAUGGUGGCGGCAGCAUCAGUGCUUGUGGGAUUGAGGGUCAUCCCGCUGGUAGUGCUGCUGCAGGCGGUGGUACUGCUGCUGGCACUGGCGACUCUGGUGGUGGUGGCGGUGGCAGCGAGGUGUUGGCAGCGGGGAGGGUGUCGCUGCCGUUCUUCUUUGAGCCCAACUUCGACUGCCUUGUGGAGUGCGUGCCCUCUCGGGUUGAUGCUGCCAACCCUGCACGGAGACAUGCUGGAGCGAUGGAGCAAUGCCACAUGUUCACAUGGAUCUGCAUCCCCUGCCCUCCCCCUCUUUCUGGCCACUGCUCUUCCUCCUCACGCAUGUCCCUCCCCCCAAUCCUCCCGCCUUCCACUUCUCUCCCUCCUCUCAUGCCCCUCUCUAUCCUCCCAUGCCCCGCACCCCUUUCACUCCUCUCCACCUACCUCUCCCCAACGUCACUCCAGGUUUCCCCCAACCACCAGCGGGCACUACCUGCUAUCACGCUAUCAGGCCACCCACAAGGACCUUCAUGA